AUGAGCAACAAGCCUAUACUGUACUGGAUUCCUGAAAUGGAUGGAAGCGAUCUUUCACAGAAUAAUCAACAUACGCAUAUGAAUUUUGAACUACCAGGAACCGUCACGAAAUGUCUGAUAGUCAGUUUGGUAUUAGCUGGAAUCGCCCUAAUGUUACACAUAGUUGUUACGGAUACUAGUUACUGGAGAUAUGUUCAAGAAAAGAAUGGGACAGUUGUACAGCGAGAUGGAUUGUGGAAGAGUUGUGUCAAGAUUCAAGAUGUUCAGACGCAGUAUUUGGAAUGCGAGGACGUUUCCAUUUUGACUGUUAAAGUUGUAUUUAAGAUAAUACAAGCAGCUGAUCUGAUUACAUUUGUAUUCAUGACCGUGGCUUUGGUUGCCAACAUUUUAGCUUUCUAUAAAGCUUGGACGGAAAAGUACCAAGUGGGAGUUGUGAAGACAUGCAUAGCUGGACAUUUGUUAGCAGCCUUAGCACUAAUGAUACUGUGGAUAGGAUUUGUUGUCGAUACCACAGAAACAUCCAAAGUAAAUCUGGGCGACGACAAAAAAUACACAUUACAAUGGUGUUACUACCUUGCAAUUGUUACAUUCGUGCUCGAAUUAAUUGCUGCCUUUUUGGUGGCUUUUCAUCUCCGGACCAUAAGAGAGUGGAGCUUGGAGAACGAUAUUGACCUCAUUCAGCAAAGCAUUGUAGGACAACAACCAGUUCAGGGGUUAAUACAAAUGCCUCAGAAACCUCUACCACUAAUAGGUUUUCAGCAAUUUCUACCACCAGAACCAUCGCCAGGACAGUCAACUUCAUUGGGCCAGCCAAAAGAUCAAAAUAUUACAGAGGUUCAACCGAUGCAGCUAAUUCCAGUGGUUCAACCAAAAGAACAAAAUAUACCAGUGGUUCAACCAAUGCAGCUAAUUCCAAUGGUUCAGCCUAAAGAACAACAUUUUACUGUGGUUAAACCAAUGCAGUCAAUUCCAGUGGUUCAGCCGAAAGAUCAAUCAUUGUCUGUAGUCCAACCAAUACAGCCGAUGCCCGUGGUUCAGCCAAUACAGCCGAUGCCUGUGGUUCAGCCAAUACAGUCGAUGCCUGUGGUUCAGCCAAUACAAGCAAUGCCCGUGGUUCAGCAAAUACAACCAAUGUCAGUGGUUCAGCCAAUACAACCGAUUCCAGUGGUUCAGUCGCUAGAGCCAAUUCCUGUGAUUCAACCGAUCAAACCGAUUCCAGUGGUUCAGCAGCCGCAUCCAGGACCUCUAUAUUUGUAUUGAAACUUUAAGUAAAUGUUUACGAAACCUUUUGACUAC